AUGGAAAGAACGGAUAAUAAAGAGUUCCUCACUCUUGUUUGGGUGGACUCAGAAGUCGAGUCAUACGAUAAUGUAGAAAAAAUACAAAAACGGCUCUGUGAGAUCAAUGAUUAUGUUGUGAUUCAUACUGAAAUUGAAUCAUGCAUUCAUUACAUAAAAUCAAUUGAUCAAGAAAAAAUUAUCCUCAUUUCUUCGAUUUCUGAUGCUCCAAAAAUAUUAUCUGAUAUUGAAAAUUUAUCUCACAUUGAGCGCAUAUUUGUCUUCGAUAUCGAAAAAGUUCAUCAUAAACAGACAUUUCUGAAACAUUCAAAAUUAAUGGGUAUUUAUGAUGAACUCGAUAUGCUUUGUUUAGAAAUUCAAGAACAAGUGAAUUUUAUUCAUAAUCAAAUGGUUAGAUUUAGUUUCGUCGAUCAUAAUGCUGGUUUAACACAAGACCUAUCAAAACAAACUACUGAUCUUCUCUGGUUUCAACUGGAACGCGAUGUUAUCCUACAAAUUCCUGGUAAUAAACAAGAAAUGAUCGAUGCCUGUCGACUCUACGAUCGAGAUAAUCUUAAAGUAUUGGAAAUGAUUGAUCAUUUUGAAAAUGAAUAUCGAUCAGACGAAGCCACUCAAUCGUAUUUGAAAAAAUCAUUUCUUUACAAAAUUGUUAAUAAACCAUUGAGAAUCGAAGAUUUCGAUGAGCUCUAUAAAUUUCGAUAUUUCGUAAAGGAUCUGAACGAGAAUAUUGCUUGUGGACGUAGGAAAAUGAGUCAAUCCACUAAAGAAACAUUGUUUGUGUAUCGGAGAAUGAAAAUAAAUCAAGAUGAAAUUGACAAAUUCAAAGAAAAUGAAGGCAAUCUCGCUGCAAUACACGGACUGUUGGAGACCACUAGUAUUCGUUCGACUGCAUUAACUCAAGUAAUAAAGGUUGUUAGACAAGCCGAUAUGAUCCCUGUUCUUCUGGAAAUCGAAAGCGAUCUCAAUCAGAACGUCAUUUUUACUGAUACUAUUCAAUGGGGUGAUUUGUCAUCGGGAAAAGAAAUUCGAUUCGUUUCCAAUGUAACUUUUCGAUUGGAGAAGGUGAAAACAGGCGAAAAAGUACUGCUCAUGGCAUUAAAAGUAUCGACUGAUGGCGAACCUAUCAAACAAAAAUAUAUCGAAGACACACAUCGUCAAAUAGAAAAUUUAAGUAUGAAAAUUCUUUUCGCACGUUUAAUGUGUGAUAUUGGUCUAUGGAAUCCGUCACAACAAUUCUUGGAACAUUUAUUAAUCGAUUCGAAUAGCAAUGAUGAAGAUAUUGCACGAAUCGAGUGGAGUCUAGGUAACAUUCUUCAAUGCAAAGGAGAAUGGAUUGAAGCACGAAAAUGUUACGAUCGAAUGAUAAAUACUGAACCAGCUUGUAGCAAACACUCUGCUGAUAUACUCAGCGCUAUUGGCGAUAUUCCUUUUUCUGAAGGAAAAUACGAAGAAGCGUACCAGUGUUUUGAGCGAGCGUUGGUCACCCGAGAAAAAUUUUAUUUUUCUGGACAUGCACUCAUGGCUACAGGUCGCUUUGGCAUUGGAAAUAUUCUUCAGAAGAGAGCAAAAUACGACGAAGCCUUUCACUCUCAUCAACAAGCAUUAAUUAUUCAAGACAAAAACUAUAAAUAUCGUAGUAAUGAUUUGGCUAUAUCAUUGCCCUGCAUUGGGAAUGUCUUAUAUCAACACGAGAAGUAUGAUGAAGCUAUUGAGUUCUUUCAACGAUCACUAGGAAUGCGAGAGAAAUUCCACCCAUUGAAUCAUACAAAUACCACUACAAUGCUCAAUAAUAUUGGAUUGGCCUUAUAUAAAGAAAAGAAAUAUGACGGUGCUAUUGAGUUCUAUGAACGAUCGCUAGCAAUGGACUACAAAUACGAUCCGCUGAAUCAUACUCGUAUCGCUGUGAUUCUCAGUAAUAUUGGGAAUGUCUUAUACCAACAAAGCAAGUAUAAUGAAGCUAUCGUAUCCUAUCAACGAUCGCUAGCAAUUCGAGAAAAGUUCGAUCCAUUGAAUCAUAAUGGUAUCGCUGUGGUUCUCAUUAAUAUUGGGAAUGCCUUAUAUCAACAAAGCAAGUAUGAUGAAGCUGUCAAUUUUUAUCAACGAUCGUUAGCAAUUCGAGAACAGUUCGAUUCAUUGAAUCAUACAAGUAUCAUUAAAAUGCUCAAUAAUAUUGGCAUGGCCUUAUAUAGACAAGAGAAGUAUGAUGGCGCUAUUGAGUUCUAUCAACGGUCGCUAGCAAUGGGCGAGAAAUUCGAUCCAUUGAAUCAUACUGGUAUCGCUGUGGUUCUCAGUAAUAUUGGAAAUGCCUUACGUCAACAAAGCAAGUAUGAGGAAGCUGUCGAUUUUUAUCACCGAGCUUUGAGAACCUAUGAAACAUAUUGCCCAUCUAAUCAUGUCAGUGUUGCUGGUUGUCUCGUUGGUAUUGGUCAUAGCUUGAAAGGUCAAGAAAAAUUUAAUGAAGCUUCUGCUUUUUAUAAUCGUGCAUUGGAUUCCUACGAGAAACAUUCACCGAAUCAUAUGGGUAUUGCUACUUGCCUUCACAACAUAGGUAACAUUUUAAUAGAGCAAAGGAGAUUCGAUCAGGCUGUAGCAUUUAAACAGCGAGCGUUGGAAAAAGUCAAAAUAAAUCGGCCAAAUGAUAAAUUAAAAAUAGCGAUUGAUGUCAUGGAAAUAGGAAAUAUUCUCUUUGAACAAGCAGAAUAUGAUGAAUCCUUGGAUUUUUACCAAGAAGCACUUGUUCUACUCGAGCAGUACUGCCCCGAUUGUGGUUUGAAAAUUGCUGAUUGUCUGUCCUGGAUCUCUGUUAACUUUUAUCGAAUGGCCCAUUAUGAUGCUUCCAUCGAAUAUUUAGAACGAUGCUUAUGUGUAAGAGAAGCUAGUCUGCCUUCGCUAGAUCUCAUCAUUGCUAAAACACUCUCGGAUUUGGCAAUAGUGCAAAAAAAGAGAAGGCAGUAUGAACUCUCUCUUGCGUAUCGAUUGAAUAGUUUCUUAAUAUCUGACAAACUUCUACCACCAAAUGAUCAAACUAUUGGUCUUAGAUUGUCUGAAAUAGGUGAGAUGUACGAAGAACUUGAUCAACCCAAGAUUGCACUAGAUUAUUACCGACGUGCAUUAGUCAUAUAUAGGGAACGGCUACCCUCAUUCCAUGAAGACCUACGGAAUAUAGAACGGCAUGUUCAGAGAAUAUCAGAAGAUCUUCAUAUGGAACUUUCUUAA